GAGGAGAACUUCUUCAUAGUUCAUAUAUCUAAAUCUGUAAUUGUCAGAGAGAGAGAGCGAAGAGAGAAAGAAGCAGCGGCGAAUACGAUGAGGAAUUUCUUCGGUGACGCCUGAGUAUAUAUCAUCACGAAUCGGGAUAACUUGCACGGAUCUGUAUGCAAAUCGGGAAAAAUCACUUGAUCCGGGAGAAAACACAGAUUAGAAGAGUGGAACGGGGUGGCAGAGGCAUUGCAGUAUUGCACCAAUGGCCAAUAUGUUGGCCUCAUAGAAGCCACAUCCCAGAUGGAUAGAUGUUGCAGGUAGAGCAGAAUGAACACAUAGGGGACGUGUUUGGUUAGCACGCGAGACACGUGUUAGUCACAUGGCAACAUCUAAGGCAACACGCAGGGGCAUGUUGGGUGUUCUGUCUAUAUAAGGCGACGCUCAUUUCCAUUUUACUUAAUUGCGAAGAAGAAAGUUGUUUGUGUGUUGGUGGUGUGAUGGAGGGUACCGCAAAGAUAGUGGUGUAUCACAACGGUAAAAUUAUACGAAAUACUCAAGAGGGGGUGAGUUUUGAGUGUGAAAAUUCGUUUUUGCUUGUGGUUCCGUACACCAUGACGUUCGCAGAGUUACAGUACAGCCUCUGUCAAAAUAUAGAGAGUGAUAUCUUAAAGAGAGUGAGCAAUAUUCUAUAUCGGAAUCCCGUUAUUAUAUUUGGUAGCUUAAUAUAGUUUGAUACUAUGUCGAUCAUUGAUGAUGCAAAUAUGCAGCGUAUGUUCCUUAUUCACCGACAGACUCAGGUGCAACAGACAAAGAUUGAGUUGUAUGUUGAGUAUGAAAAUAUAGAUGCUGGUGAGAUUCAAAAUGAUUCAGAUAUGAAAGAUGAUAGAGCUGAAGUGUACGAAGGAAUGAACAGUGAUAGCGAAAAGGACUUUGAAGCUACCUACGAAGCUGGUGAGAAGGAUGAGAAUGGUGAUAUGAGAGGUGAGGCAAUAAUAAAAAAUGUGGUGGUUUCACCUGCAGUCAGUCAACCGAUGGACGUUUUACCUUUUAUGCGUAGCUUGGAUCUUGACACCAUACAUGUACCGAAAUUUCCUGAAUAUGCAAACAUAGGUGUUGUUGAUUCUGAGGAAGGAGAAUUUAGGAUCGGAAUGGAGUACAGUUCUAGAAAGUCGAUUGUCGAGGCAAUUAGGAGCUAUACUAUUUCUAGAGGAGUCGAUUACACUGUUUAUAAGUCCGAGCCACAUACAUUUUAUGCAAAAUGCAAGAUGUAUGGCCAUGGGUGCGAUUGGCUUAUCCGAACCAGCUUGAUACAGAAGAAAGGUUGUUGGGAGAUACGGAGAUACAACGGGAGGCACACGUGCACCAUAGGAACAGUUUCACAAGAUCAUUCCAAGUGUUAGUUGUUGAUCUUGCGCGGCGGGUGUGUGACUGUGGGCACUUUCAGGUGAAACGACUACCUUGUUGCCACGUUAUUGCUUGUUAUGUUAACCAGCGACUCGAUUGGCAGGUGUAUGUUAAUGAUGUAUACAAGAUGUCAGAGAUUCGCAAGGUCUACAGAGUGGAGUUUGUCCCAGUAGGCGAUCCUGAGACAUGGCCUGGUUACUCGGAACCGACGUUGGUUGCUAAUCCUACCUUGAGGCGAACGUCGAAAGGUCAACCCAAAGGUCCUCGAAUAUGCCAUCUCUGCGGUAAACAGGGUCAUUGCCGUAGUCGAUGUCUUCAGUAUGUUGGACCGAGUGGGGUUGGUAGCAGUGGUGGUUCAUAGGUCUUUGUUGGUCGUUGUAUUUGUAUUUUAAAGUUAAUUUUAUAAAUUAAUGUAUUUAAAUUUAUCUGUUAACUUUUUGAAUUAGUAUAGUUGAAAGUUUCUGUUAA